AUGGAAGUGCAGGAUGAGUACGACCCAUCAAUCGGCUUCCGCAUCAAGGGCAAGGCCAAACUUCGAGAUGCUUUCCAAGACACCUGCGUAAUCUGCCUGGACGCCGUUACCGAACGCGCCGUCGCCGUACCUUGCAACCACUUGAACUUCGACUUCCUCUGUCUCUUGAGCUGGUCCCAAGAACACCCCUCUUGCCCAUUGUGCAAGGCUCCCUUGACUGCCAUCGAGUAUGACUGGCGUUCUCCAACAGACCGCAAGAUAUACACUAUCCCUAAGCAAGAAGAGAAGCCCAAGACAUCCGCUGUCGUAUCCGCCACAUCUCGCUUUCGUCCUCCUCGCUUUCGUCCUGCUACAUCGCACCGUCCGACACAUACAAGUCCGGAUGUCGCCCUUGCUUUUCGCCGCCGCAUCUAUGCAGAUCAGAACUACAGUCUUCACGUAGGCACAAAUCGCACCUCGCAGUAUCGCAACUUCACGCCCGCUACGUUCACCACUUCUCCCGCUCUGCAGUCUCGUGCUCGUCUCUUCAUGCGCCGUGAGCUCCAGGUCUUUGACUUCCUGGCCGAGAACAAUGCCAGACAGGGCUUCCUCAUCGAGUACAUUGUCGCUAUCCUCAAGACGACCGAACUCAAGGAUGCUUCUGGCUCCGCAAGUACUCUUGUGGCUGAGUUUCUGGGUGCCAGCCCUGCCUCGCUAUUCCUGCACGAAUUGGAGGCUUGGUUGAGAAGUCCAUACGAGAGACUGGAGGAUUGGGAUCGUCAUGUUCAGUAUGCGCCCAAGCGACCUAGAUAUCUCAAUGGAUGA